GAUCAAUUUGCAAUUCAAUUCACCUAAUUCGCCUAGGAUCGUACAUACACUUGAUACUUGAUGCACUCGAACCGUUUAAAGUUACCCAGAAGGUGCAUUUCUCGGAAUUAUCUACCGAAUUUUACCUUACCCCCUUGUUCAAUUCGAAUACUUGACGUCAGUGUAACUCAGUCCGUUUGAGGUGACCAAGUCUACUUUCCUUGAACCCAAUGGUUUGGGAACACCAAACAGCAAGUGCUGUCAGUGUUGCGUUAGCCAAGUUACAAAGUCAAGCUGCCAAGUAACAGAAUAUUCGUCAGGUCAUUCCCGCCAUCUAGUAGAGAGAAGUAUUCACCACCUUUGAUCGUCACCUCGAUACAAUUUGAUACUUUGAUACCAUUCCUAUUAUAAUUGUUAUAAUAAUUAUUAUAUCACUUAUUUUUCUUAGAAAAGAAAUAUCCCAAGUCUUCCUCUUUCACCAACUACUAAUUCAUCCCAUAAGCAUACCUACUAAAUAUAUGCGCUCAUCCGGUGAUGGCGUUUUAAAACAGCCAACAGGGGCAACUUAAACAAUGCACACCGCUGUGCGUGGGAAGAGGGGAUUCAGCUCCCGCCCAUUCUACACUACCCUGUUCCUCCUCACUCUCAUCGCCACCUAUAGUCUGUUCAUCCGAGCGCCCGCGGUAUCAUCACAACAGCGACCAAGUUUAUCCCUACGAUCCGGUGAAGACUGCCGUUUAGUCCAUCAUGCUCAAGAUAAGUGCGACUUCGUAAGACGCAAUUGUCACGAUGAUGAAGCGGGUCUUAUAGAGUAUUUGACAUUCUAUUAUUGCGAUCUUGGACAUCUACAGCCUCUUGCCUUCAUCACAUUGGUCCUCUGGUUGGGCUUGCUAUUCACUACCAUCGGGAUAGCUGCAAGUGACUUUUUCAGCGUCAAUCUCAGCACCAUCGCCACCAUCCUUGGUUUGAGUGAGAGUCUUGCCGGCGUUACUUUCCUGGCCUUUGGAAAUGGUUCGCCGGAUGUGUUUAGCACUUUCGCCGCCAUGAGCUCCAACAGUGGCAGCAUGGCCGUCGGAGAGCUGAUCGGUGCCGCAGGUUUUAUCACCUCUGUCGUGGCUGGCUCCAUGGCUUUAGUGCGCGAGUUCAAGGUCAGCAAGAAAACGUUUGUGCGGGACAUAAGCUUUUUUAUAGUGGCGGUCAGCUUUGCUAUGGGGUUUUUAGCUGAUGGAAACAUACAUCUGUGGGAAUGCAGCGUCAUGAUUGCUUUCUACAUCUUCUACGUUAUCGUUGUAGUUGGCUGGCAUGCAGUUACCAAAAGGAGACGAGCACGACGGCUUAAAGAGGCCCUAUCUCGCAGCCACUACUUCGCGUCGGGAAGCGAACGUAACAAUGACGAGCUGGAACCGUAUAGGGACGACCCAGAUGAUGAAGACCCACAGCCCAUAGAACGUCGUUCUUCGGGGAGGAGCGGCUCCAGCUCUACUGACAUUGGAAUUCUAGAGCGAGGGCCCCGGAUUGAGAUUGGCGCACCCGAUGACGAGGAAGAUACUGAUCAUAGUCAGCACGUUGCUGCAGAAAUGACAAGUAGCAUGCGUGUCAAUCGUCCGCGAGGAAGGAGAAGUAACACUACUACAAUAACCCCGAUUCGGCCAAGCUUAGUUGGUGCGCUCGAAUUCAGAUCGGUAUUAUCAUCGUUACAAGAGGAAGGGAAUGUACGCAUGCGACCAUUAUACCAUAACCGAAGCAAUUCUGCCGAUCUCCUGCGGACGGGACGCGUGGUCGUUCAAGCGGCGAAAAGUACGCAGAUAAUUCGGAAUAUCGAUGACACCGCUGUUACAGCCAGGAACCGAGCGCAGUCAUCCGGAAGUGUCCCGACUACUGUCGAUGCCGACCUUGCACCCAGGAAAUCGUCAGAGGAGAGAGGCAGAACCCCUAGCCCGCAUACCAUAGGGGGAAAGUUGGCCCCUCCUCUUAGCGAUCAAUUCGGUGGUCUUCGCGCAGAUAAUUCUACUUUGGAGGGUAUGUCGUCGAAUUCCCGUCCGCAAUUGCAACGUCUUCGUAUCCCAAGCCCUCCUGGAAGCGAGAGGUCCUCGCCAUCAUUAUCACCGUUUCCGGCAUUUACUGAGUCGCCGCUCGUUCUUGCGGAGUCUACUCAACAGCCCCCGCACCACAUGUCACCACCUGCUGCUGAAGACCGAAGUCCAUCUUUCCUCGGUUUGGUCGAACACACGGGUUCGAAACCCAUUAGAUGGUGGCCUUACCGGAUAUUACCCCCGCCGCAACUCAUAGUCAAUACCCUCUUCCCGACGCUACAGGAUUGGAGGGGUAAAAACAUAUGGGAUAAGUUUGUUAGUCUUAUCUCUGUACCAAGCAUAUUCUUACUAGUCAUCACAUUACCUGUUGUGGAAACAGAGGCAACAGACGAUGGCUCAGAUGAAAGCUUUGUAGAGCAGCGACCGACGGGUCAGCUUGAAAGUGUAGCAGCACCAGUGUCAACAGAACCCGACGGCUCUAUUGAACCAGAAACGGAAUGGCAGCGAUACAGACGACGCACGAGGUCUAGAGCAUCUAGUCGCAGCCACUCGCCUAGCUUCAUUUCUGUGACUACUCCCGAUAAUGCUCAGGUGUCAGACCAAGUUCAGGUAGCACCAGCCCCCCUUCCGUCGAAUGCACAAAUACCCAAGCCUGCCUCAGUGCUCUCGGAAGGUAGUUCAACUCUAGGUGACGAGGAACAGGGCUGGAAUCGUUGGCUCUUAAUCCUCCAAGUUUUUACAGGUCCAUUAUUCGCCGUGUUUAUCGUCUGGGCGAACAUGAUCGAGGAUCUGGACCGACCCGUCACAACCCUUAUAAAGGCUAUAUUGAUUUCACUCGUUUGUUCCCUAAUUUUGCUUGGGAUUAUACUUAUGACUACGUCACCCGAUCGCCGGCCUAAAUAUCACUUCUUAUUUUGUUUCUUUGGAUUCUGCGUAUCGAUAGCCUGGAUAUCAACAAUUGCAGGAGAAGUAGUCGGCGUACUAAAAGCGUUCGGUGUCAUAUUAGAUAUAUCAGAAGCAAUAUUGGGUCUCACCAUCUUUGCGGUUGGUAAUUCAGUGGGGGAUCUGGUCGCAGACGUAACUGUUGCACGACUUGGAUACCCAGUGAUGGCCUUAUCAGCCUGCUUCGGUGGUCCAUUGUUGAACAUAUUACUCGGUAUUGGACUCGGGGGAGCGUACCAAGGAAUAACUGCGGCAAACAAGAGGAAAGCAAAACACCCCGAUCAGCCGGUGCGGUACAAACCAUACCACAUACAGGUCAGUGGAACGUUGAUGGUUUCGGCUAUAACUUUACUUUUCACCCUCUUCGCGUUGCUUGCUAUCGUGCCGAUGAACAAGUGGAUCAUGAGCAGGAAGAUUGGCUGGUGUCUAAUCGGGCUUUGGUCGAUCAGUACGGUGGUGAACCUGAUUAUCGAAGUAACAGGAGUCUGGCAGGACAUAGCGUAAAGGGGUUUUGGUGUUCGGACGUGGAGAGUGUAAAUUUUCUUUAGUACGCGGGACGAGAUUGAUGUUUUUACGCUAUAGUAUAUGUAACUACCUAUCAGCCGUAUAGAUUUUAUUAGAGCGAUAUACUCAGGCCAUUGUCUUUCUUCUUAGAAUAUGACUUUUACUACUGCCUAAGUAAUAUAAGUUUUUUAAGUUUUUUUUUUCUUGAAUCUAUACAGUUGGGUUGAGUUAAUGCUG